GCUGGCUGUAAAGUCCGUCAAAAUCAUGAAUUACAAACAAAAAAAGUUACAGCUUUUGGCCGUCGGAACCAUGCUCUUCGUUCUCGCUGGAAUCGGAAGCAAAAAGCCACUGGCAAUGAUUCUAACCGCAAGCCUGAGAAUACAUGAAAAUGGGACGUCGACGCGACACAGUCAAGAAAAAUCGUGGUGUUUGCAAUGUGUCAGUAUGGCGGAGGAAAAAGUCAGGCUUACCAGUAUCGAACGCAGACUGACCGUCGCCCAAAAGAAGCUCACCAAAGCGUACCGUCUGGCUCGUUCCGCUGAGACACGAAAAUUGAUAAAGGAUAGUCUACAGUUAUUGGAACCCGAGUUGAAGAUUGAUAAAACGGAAGAUGCACAGCUGAAGAAUGAAGCAGAAAAUAGUACAGAGCGAAAAGAAGUGUGUGAUGAGUAUUGGGGCAAUCCAAAAGAAGGCCAUGUCGAUUUUGAGCAUGUUUACAGGACAAUUCCCUGCGAUCGCAUUCCCAUCACGCAUUUAGUGGAGAUUUUGAUCUAUGCGGAAUCAUGCAUGCAAGGCGAGCACCUGGUGCACCGCAUACGUGCUGUCUAUCCAGACAUAUCUAUUCAAAUGGCCAUCACACCUCAAGGAGUUUGUGAAGUCCUAAACGGAGUGCAGGUUCACUACGGUUUAAAGGAUGUGGCCUCGACCUGGAUACGUCUGUCGGACAUUCAAAGUACAAAAUACAUUUUGGUGGGGAGAAAUAUGGUGGAAUUUACCCACUAUGCUGAUCUAGACCGAAUGCUACGCGUGAUGAACAGUCUACAGGUUGAUAUCGUUGGUGGAGCAGUUCGUCUCGAACCUGAAGGUCGAUGGUAUGCUGGUUGCUAUCAGACAAAUGUGCGGAAUUUCACGAUACGCAUUCAACCAGGACAUGAUCUUUCUUCCCAUUCAUGCGCAUAUUGUGAUUAUCUCGCCUCACCCUUCCUUAUUCAACGAAAUUUGUUCAAAAGAAUCAUGAAUGCAUCCAAAAUGGAAGGUAUGAUGUCUUUUGUAGAUAUGUUCCUGCACCUUGCGCAUUCGCAUAAUCGGGACGCGUACCACUCAGUAGCUUGCGUUGAUGUAUUGUUCCACGUGGCCGGACACCAGUCAUCGCGUGGUCAUGGGGUGGUUGAGGUUCCAAAAUCUCUCUGGGUUCCCAUAGCAUCCCAGUGGAAAAUCGACCGAAUCAUGUUAGCAGGAGUAGUAGAACAUACGUGGUCUUGUGAAGAAGUAGAUAUACAGUGCAGUGAGUUCGUUGUUGCGGGUGUGAUCGCGCCAAGAUGUUGUUUGGAAGACUUGGCUUACUGUGUGAAGGCAUUUUUAAACCUGACCGCUGCUUAUAACGUAUCGGCCUUUACUGCUGAAGGGACGAACGUUGGAGCCGUUAAAAUAUAUGGAGGAAUCCUACCAUGGGAAAGAGAUGCGGAUAUUUAUUGGGAUGUCUACAAACAUGAUCUAGUACGUGGACCGAUCGCAAAUGAUCUUGAGCAGAAAUUCAACCUGAAGCUGGGCCCAGUAAUCUACAAUACAGAAUACGGAGAUGAUAUUGAGAAAUGUGCUGCACACUAUAAGCAACAUUGCCUUGCAUACAGUAUCCAGUGCAACUUUUGGCAUGUCGAAGUUUAUGGUUUGCCAUGGAUCAUAGCAGAUAAUACUUACGGAUUGGAAAACCCAACCCAAAUCGCACUCAAUGGAUUGUGGACGAUGGCAAUGCCCAACCCUGGACGUGCGGCUAGACAGCGUUACGGUGACAAUGUAUUAAGUCACAUUGAACAUUGGUGGACGUAUAAUUUACAGACAAGUUGGACACGGUGGUCCAAUGUUAGGAGGGGGAAAUUCCAUUCCUGUCCACCCGAAGUACCUAAGCACGCUUGUCUUGUAGAAAAUUUCCUUCCCUACGGAACCUUGCAAUUUCAGGAUGUGCCCAUA